GUGCGCGAGGAUAAGAGAGAGGCCGGGAGUGCGCGUGGACCCAGCCGGCGCGGGGCGGGGGCGGUACGAUGAACGGUUGGGUGGCCCGGAGUCUAGCGCGGCGUGCUGCGGCCCUAGGCCUGGGGCUGCGGGUAUUGCUCGGCUUCGGGCUGUGCCUGGAGACCGCCUCGACUCCGAUCCAGACCUGGUCCUCGACCCAGGCCCCAGGCCCUAGCGCAGGCUCGUGCCCGCCCACCAACUUCCAGUGCCGGAGCGAUGGCCGCUGCGUGCCUCUCAUCUGGCGUUGUGAUGUUGACCAGGACUGCCUUGAUGGCAGUGAUGAAGAAGAGUGUGGUACUGAGGUAGCCACUAGCAGCCACUCUCCUUGUGACAUCAUGGGUGACUGCCCUGACCGCAGCAAGAAUCUUCUCAACUGCGGGCCCCAGCCCUGCCCUGAAGGCGAGCUGUGCUGCACGCUGGACGGUCUGUGUAUCCCAAGCACGUGGCUCUGCGAUGGCCACCGGGACUGUUCCGACUACAGCGACGAGCUUGGCUGCGGAACCAAGACCCACCAGGAGGGGAGCGCCACGUCCAUGGGGACGCCUGUGACCCUGGAGAGUGUCACUUAUCCCAGGAAUGCCACAGUCACCGCCGUCGAGGACCAGGACUCCGUUCAGUCUGGAAACCGAAGUGCCUAUGGGAUUAUCGCAGCUGUAGCGGUGCUCAGUGUCAGUCUGGCUGCUGGCAUCCUUUUCGCGUUGUCACGGCUCUGUGCCCAGGGAUGCCUGGCCCCGCUGCGGCUGCUGGUGUCCAUGAAGGGGUCACUGCAGCCAGAGAGGAAGACCUCGGUGCUCUGAGCUGGCGCUCUCACCCCCACAUCACACGUCCCCCGAGUAUGGCAGGUAGAGGGGACCCACACGUGGCUGCUACCACAUCAGCCCCCAGACCUGGCUGCUUCUGUCCUCACAGCGCCAAGCACCCGUGCUCCUGCAUAUGUGACCCUGGAGGCUGGGGUUGCCCGGACCCUCCCCUGGACACGAGGAGCCUGGAUGGGGAACAUGCCACAGCCGGAGCUGAGGGGCUGGCCCCGGAUCACUCCCGGGGCGGCCACCUUACUCAGAUACUGUUGCUACCUCUGUUUGAGAGUGGUGAUUAAAGCUAGUUCACAUCCUC